CGUGGGAAUUAGUCCGCGAAGGGGGUUCUGGGAGGGAAAUGGGAGCAGCAGUGCUGCGGCUCGCUGUCGGCAAGCUUCCCGAUGGGCCGGCGGCGCUGUGGCGCGCGAGCCGAGCCUACAGCACAUCGCAAGCUUUCGCGGAGGUUCUACGGCUGCCACGGAGGCAGCUGACGAAGCUCGUGUUCCCGCUGCAGGAGCUCGAGCGGCAGCUUGUCGCGGACUCUAGGCCCAACCUUCACCUGAAGAUCUUCGACCCGGGCCUGGAGGACAUCGGGAAGGCGGAGAGCAUCUUCACGGCCACUGCGCAGAACCGCAUCGAGUACCUCAGCUCCGCCGUGCGUCUCGACCACGCCCCGGACCUCCCCAGACCCGAGGUGUGUUUUAUAGGUAGAAGCAAUGUUGGAAAAUCCUCUUUAAUAAAAGCUUUAUUUUCACUGGCCCCAGAGGUUGAAGUCAGAGUCUCCAAAAAACCGGGGCAUACAAAGAAAAUGAAUUUUUUCAAAGUUGGAAAAUACUUUACAUUGGUGGACAUGCCAGGCUAUGGCUAUAGAGCACCUGAAGAUUUUGUUGACAUGGUAGAGACCUAUUUAAAAGAACGAAGGAAUUUGAUGAGAACAUUUUUAUUAGUGGAUAGUGUUGUUGGAAUUCAAAAAACAGACAAUAUUGCUAUAGAAAUGUGUGAAGAAUUUGCAUUACCUUAUGUGAUGGUAUUAACAAAAAUUGACAGAUCUUCCAAGGGACAUCUUUUGAAACAGGUGCUUCAGAUCCAGAAAUUUGUUGACACUAAAACCCAAGGAUGUUUUCCUCAGUUGUUUCCUGUAAGCCAAGAUAUGGAAACAACCUAACUGGUCCAGUCAUGGAUAAAUAAUGCUGUGACCUAUUCUGGAAUCCAUCUGUUGAGAUGCUUUAUAGCAAAUAUAACCGGAAACCUUAAGAUUAAUGACUUCCAAGUUAGCUAAACAUUCAAAAUUCUUUUUGUUAACUAGGUUUAAACACCUAGAAUUUUUUCAACAUUUUUUAAGUAUUGUGUAGCUGCAACUUGUAGAAGGAUCACUUCAGUUGUAAAACCUGGAUUUUCCUGAGACAAGAAUGAAUUUGUGCCUGGGGGGAAAAUGGUUUAUAAAUGAUUUAAUUAUGCUGGGUUUUUUUUAGAACAGCUACCAGCAGUUUUUCCUGUUUAACGAACAAAAGCAUAUAGAAGUCCAUAAAAUGAGAACCUGUUUACUACUGGGUAGAGAAGAGUUUGCCAUAUUAUUUAUUGGACUUUUGUCUUUUAAAGAAAAUGUCUAUUGUGUAUUUUUCUCCACAUAUUAAAACAGACCAGGUAAAAUGGGCUUACUCCUCUGUUAAGCACUGAUAGGGAGGCUGAAGAUAAAUAUAAAUGCCCCUUUGUAUGCCUAUCAUUUAACUUUUUUCCCGAGUCCUUAUUUGAAUAAACAAAAAUUAUUCUCAAUGAAAUUCUAUUCAGUCCACGCUGGAAACACAAGUCAUUUCAGGCUGGGCCAGUCAUCUUCAGGUAAACACAGGAUUCAGAAUCAGAAGACCAGAAUUCAAGUUCCAGUUCUAGUAUUUACUGUAUGUUGGACCUUGGGCAAAUUGAUUUCUCUGCACUUCAUUUGUAACUCCAACCUCACAAGCUGUGAAAUGUAUGGUAUUAUAUGUGGAAAGGACCAAAGUGUGAUCUGCAUACUUGUAGAGUGAAGCCAACCCAAGAAUGCAGCAAAACUCAGAUUUAUCACAGACAACAUCCUGUCACGGAAGAAAUGACAUUUUCUUUAGUGAAAGAUAAAAAAAACAAAAACUAGUAUUAAGUGAGAAAACAGAUCUACAAAGGGCAAGAGAAAAAAGUUGAUGGGACAGUUUAGAAUUGAUACAUGAAGAUUCAGAAUGGAAAAAUAAAGUGUUACUUUGAAUUAAAGUUCAAGGAAAAGAUUGUUAAGAUGCUAAGCUAUUCAUGUAAGUGGCUUAGCUUUUCAAAGUGAAGCUAAAUGUUAAAGAGGUUAUAGCAGUUGCACUGGAGAAAAAAAUGAAGGCUUUAUUAAAAAAAACCUAUGUGGUUUUUUAGAAAAUUCAAUUUUUAAUUUAUUUUCAGUUGUUUUAUAUUUAAUAACACUGGUCUAUUUUAACCAGCAGUUUUAUAGCUAGAUUUUUUACAUAGGCAUUCACAAAAUAUAUGGUGACGGUAGAAUUAUCUUGGAAGUCAUCUUCCUCCUAGUGUUACUUUACUGCUUAUCUUAGUAUUGGUUCUCUUAAAAGCAAAGCCUGAGACAAAAGCUUGCAUGUGGUAGUUGAUUUGGGGAGUGAUCCCAGGCAACAGGAGUAAUGAAACAGAAAGAAGGAAAGCCAAUCAAGGAUGCAUUGAGUGAGACACCACAGGCACUACUAGUGCUUGAGGGACCUUCUGAGGAGUAUUAUGAAAUGUGCCCCUCACUUGUCUUUGAAAAGGGGAGAGGGCUGCCCCAUAUCCCUCCAAGUUGUACAUGCCCUGGUGCUAAGCAGUUCCUGCACUGUGUCAGAAACCAGGAGGCAGGACGUGAGAGGUCCCUGGAGCAGAAGGGAAGUGUAGUUGUCCAGAUGCCACAUUAGCAGCUGCAGUAAGAAGGCCAAAAGGAUUUGAAGUGACAUAUGGGACAUCUCACCACACUGCUCUUCUAAAUGACCAGAGUGUUCUAAUCCACCAGAAAUGAUGAAAUUGGUAUUCACUAGAAUGACAGUAGUUUCUAAUUUACUAGGUAAGUUAUGAUAUCUUAGAUUUCACUUUUAAAAUUUAAAACAUUAAAAUUUGGAAAAAUAAUAUAGAAUACUAUAUUUCUUAUAAAUAUGUAAAAAUUAUUUUGUGGACAUACAAUGUAAAAAGAUAUUUACUGUUUUUCCUGGAGUUGUACAGGAGAUGGGAAAAGGGGUUCAAGAAACUAACUCUAACUCCAGUAGAAAAAAAAUGAUUGGCUUAGUCCAAUCCAACCUUUAAAAUUUUACCUUCUUAGAAAACUCACUGAACCACUCUGGUUUUUCUGAAUGAGGAAUAAUCUCCACAAAGUCUCUUUCAACUGUAAAAGUUUAUUCUGAUUCUUAAACAAUAUGCCACUUCAGAGGAAGGAACCUAAGCCCAGGGAAAUUGACUAGUUCAGUGGAGUCAUGUGCAAAUAAAAGCAGAAGCAAGUCUAGACCUUAAAUCUUAGUUAAUGGAUAUUUCUAGACUUGUCAUGAAUGAGACCUCCUUGGUAUUAACCAUGUAUUAAGGCACUAAGUAGCUACUAUCACUUGGAAGCUUGGGGAAAUAAAAUUGUGUUAUAUUUAUUAUAGUUAUAUUAAUAACUUAAUAUAUUAAGUUAGCUAAACCAGAAUGAUUAGCGAAGCUUCAGGAAAGAAAGCUAAACCAGUGUAUCUAACUCUGCACUGGGGGCUGCUUGCAUCAUACCACCUGGGCUUCUUGUUAAAACUGAGGCUUCUGUCCCCAUCCCCUGGUUGUGUUUAUCAGUUUCAUCUGAAGGAUCGGGGAAUUUGAAUUUUUAAACCCACCAGUUGAUUCUAAAAAUAGCCUAAAUUUUUAGAGCUACUGGUAUAGAUAAGUGGGAAAAUGUGCAGAAAGCACAGAGGGAAAGAACAAGAUCAGAUAACAGGAAAUAAAAUGAUAGGACAGCUGAAGAAAAUGAUAUACUAACGCACUGUUUUAUUUUCCUAUAAAUCUGUCUAUAGCAUAAAAGUUAAGGCUACAUCCUAGUUAACAAAUAAAACCUCAUUAACCUAACUCAUUAGCUAGAACAUCUGAAAAAGACUUCAAACUUCACAUCAUUAUUUGAAAAUAAAUGACUACCCUCUUGGAACAGUUAUACAAGUAUCAGAUGACAGUAUUAGCACCAAAUUAAAAUUUAUAGUCAGCCUCAUUCCUGAGUCUAAUUGCACCUCCUAGCUUUAUUUUUUCGCUUAAGUUUCUCACCUGUUUCUACUUUAUUACCCUAUUUAUUUUAUGUAUAACCACAAGGCACUGUAUAUCCUUUUUGAAGAAAAUUUAUUUGGAAUCAAUCAGCACCCAAAUAAA